CUCUUAGAAAUGCAUUUAGAAGUUAUUUUCACUCAGCAUUUUGUGGGUCAGAAACCAAGCUGUACGCGUAUAAGGCUAAUUUUUUAAGGUUUCAUGCUCAACAUGUGAGCACGACCUCCUUAAUUAUAAGCUUUGAAGAAUAGUUGCAGCACCAGCACAUGUUUCUUUCUCUCUUAGCUGAUAAGCCAUGGCAUCAUCUCAACCACCGCCAUCUUGGAGAGUUGUUCAAGCUUGCAGUGUGGAACCCCUGCAGGGAGGAGCAAUCCCUUCCUCCACCAUUCCAACCUCUCUGCCACUCACCUUCUUCGACCUUUUCUGGCUAAGGUUUCCACCUGUUGAGCGUCUCUUCUUCUAUCACUUUUCACACUCAACCUCUUCUUUCUUUGACUCUGUUCUUCCCAAUCUCAAACACUCCCUUUCACUCACACUCCAACACUUCCUCCCUCUUGCGGGUAACAUCAUCUGGGAUCAGCAGCCCCAUGAUAAUGAUCCCUCAAAAUCCAAACCAAUCAUCAUCAGCUAUGUCCCUGGUGAUGCUGUUUCCUUCACUGUAGCUGAAUCCAAUGCUGAUUUCAGCUACCUAUGUUCUGAUCUCUGCCAAGCUUCGCAAGGACACCACCUCAUACCCCACUUGACCACUUCCCAUGAAAAAGCCUCUGUUCUAGCACUGCAAGUCACUCUAUUUCCAAAUUCUGGCUUCUGCAUUGGACUAACCACACACCAUGCAGCUUUUGAUGGAAAGUCUUCAACUUCAUUUGUGAAAUCAUGGGCCUACACUUGCUCUAACCUUGAAAAACAAUCAUCAUCAUCAUCUUCUUCUUCUUUAUCAUCAUUUUUACCUGAAGAUCUAACACCUUUCUUUGACAGAUUGGUGAUACAAGAGAAAGACCAUACAGGAAUCGGCGAGGCGUACUUAGACGCAUGGUUGAAGAAAGAUGGACCAAAUAAUCGAAGCCUCAAGGUGUGGCAGUCAAUAACAACAACAACACAAACCAAUGAUAAGGUUAAACUUAAAGGUGUAUUUGAAUUGACCUCCUCAGAUAUCCAGAAGCUUAAGCAAUAUGCACUUUCCAAGCUGAAAAUGAAGGAUGAUCGGUUAUCAACUUUUGCUGUCUCUUGUGCUUAUGUGUUGGCAUGUGCUGUCAAAGCAGAACAACCAAAGGGAGAUACUGUAAUGUUUGCAUUUAGUGUAGAUUGUAGAUCCAGAUUAUUGGACCCUCCAAUUGUGUCCCCCACUUAUUUUGGAAAUUGCAUUACUGGUCAAAGGUUUGAAGCUAAGAUCAAGAGCUUGCAAGAAAAAGAAGGAUUCAUUAGAGCUUUGGAGAAGAUGAAUGAAGCUUUGAGUAGGGUGAAGUAUGAUGGAGUGCUGAGUGGAGCAAAAGAUAGGGCAGCUUCAAUGUUGCAGAAGCUCCCGCAAGGAAGGGUAUACUCCAUUGCCGGAUCGCCGCGGUUCGAGGUUUAUGGUAUUGAUUUUGGAUGGGGAAGACCAAAGAAGGUGGAUAUUACUUCCAUAGACAGAACAGGAGCAUUUUCACUUUCAGAAAGUAAGAAUAAUAAUGGAGGGAUUGAGAUUGGAUUGGUGUUGAACAAACAUGAUAUGGAAGCUUUUUCUGCCAGUUUUAUCCAACAACUUGAAUCCUUCUAAAAGUUUCAACUUUGAGGGAAGCAGAAUACAUAUAUAUCCUUCCAACAACUUGUUUGAGCAUUUGUAGGAAACCUGUUUGAAUGUGAAUCAAAGAUGACUUAUUAGAGCUUAUUAAGUGCGUGUAUUUUCUAGUAGAAAAGCUUUAAUAAGCCGGUAUGCUCAUAGGAAUUGCUAAUGCUAGCAUUAGCUUGUUAUCUGUCUUUCAAAUUUUGUAUCAUUGUUUAUAGUGUUAAAUAGGGGACUCUGCUCUGCCAGAACCCUUUUAUAGAUGCAUUCUAUUUGUGUACUGGUUAUGAUUGUGUAAUGUUAGCUUUGCUGUCGAUAAUUUGUGCAAUUAGUCCUUAAUGUACUUUUUAGGCUUGACCUAUUUGGAGUUUGCUAACUUACUGCUACUAGA